AUGAAGAAUUUGGUUGUUCCUUUAUUUCGGAUGUCAGCAGUAACUCCUAAGAGAUAUUUCAUUCUCCAAAUUAAUCAACCCACCAAUUUAUAAACUUAAAGUCUCUUUGAUUAAGGGCAUUUAAUAUUCGCAGCGAAAAAAGAUCAGGGAAUGAUGUAUGUAUUCAACACAAAGGAUGAAGUCAUCCCUUAUGAUUUUGUGACUCAAGUACCUGCUUCAUUUAUCAUAGGACAACUCAAUUAAGGAUUUCAAAAUAGAGGAAAUUGAAUUAAGAACACAGGGAGAAUCGAAAUAACUAUCCCAUUUGUAUAAAUUUAGGUGAAUUCUUGAUUCAUAAAUAUAUAUAUUACGAGUUUGAAGGUUUAUUAUGG